AUGCGAGAGCCAGCGCGGCCGCCAUUGUUAGGCCCACGACCGCUGGAACAACAACAAGGAAAACGAGUUAUAAGUGAUACUUCAGCAAUCCCGGCAGCCACUCGAUCCUUCCCUCUUUCACAAGGCAUCAAGCCAUCCGAAUCCAGAGCUCCUCCCACACAAAACACCUCAGGCCCAUUCGGUACGGGUAUCGGAAGGGGCAACGACGCACCACGAGAAGGAAACGAGGAGGAAUCCUUCGACUUCCUCCCUGCCGUCAACUUUGAUGAAUUCCAUGCAAGUCUUACCUAUGAACCGGAUCUAAACGACUUUCCACUCCCCGGGCGCGUCGGCGAUAGGGUCAUCGGGGCUACCUCGACACAAAGGAUGGUGCCUGGAACUGGAGAUGAUAAUCAGUUUAUAUCCGGGCCGCAAGGAGGGAUUCCGAGAAGGCCGUCGCUUCUUCGAAAGGCCAACAAUGCUCGACCUCCAGAGAACCGCCAGCAGACUACAGACACAACGAGCAUGGCACCGCCUUCCGCCUUUGCGACGCGAAAUCGACAGCAAAGUUCACAAAACGCUCCUUUGUCGACACCAGUCAAGACCUCCGCUCAUUUCCGAUCGCCGCGCAAAUCUGUCGGACCUGGUAUAUAUACCCCGAAUCAAGACGGACGGAACACCAAGGGAAAUGCGUCGAGCUCGUUUUCAGGACAAGGACAAGGCUCGUUGAGUCGGUCAUCGUCCAUGACCAAAGCCAACCGACGAACCACACUGGCUCCUGGGAGCGUUGGGGGAGCCGACACAGCUCGGUUUGCUGCUUCCACACGAUCGGCAAAAGCACGCUCUCUUCAAACGGGCUCACAAUCUACAAACAAUCUGGACCCGAAUGCUGGACGGGACGGGCAGAAUGUAUCAACGCAAUCGCGGUCUCCUGCUAGAUCAUCUGCACAGCAAAACCACACACCUUCAUCCGGGAACAAAAGAAUGUCAACUAUGCCACAUGUUGGGGGGCUGGGCGCUCGAACUAUCAGUCCUACCGAUGCUCGAAGGUUGAAAAGGCUUUCAACCGCUCACGGAUCCUCCGCUCCUAAUACUCCUCCCACUCCUCAGCCAGAUUUCACACCUGCACCUCGAGCAUCGGUACCCUCCCCUGGCUUUGUGGCGAGGAAGAGCGCAACCCCGAAUUCCGCGCGAGCCACACCUGACCAUACCCGAAAGUUCCCCGCAUCCUCUCUUAAUCUCGUAUCGACAUCCAGUUCCGCAUCGUUGCGCACCGGACCUAAUGUGGCCAAUCCUCGAAACCAAUAUCAGUCAACGUCGCGCCUGCCUACGCCGAAACCUAGAAAUGUGCAUAGUUCUGCCGCUGGUGAACUGGAAGAAGUGCCGCCAGUACCAGCAAUACCAAAGGCAUAUGAGUCGCCGAAGGACAACCCGGAGCACGAGUACUUUGUGCCGAACAAAUCUGCAACGUUGGAUUCUAUGGAUGACUCGAGAAGCUUGGCUUCGUCAAGGAACAACGCGCCCGGCGUGUUCCUUGGCGAAGUUCGAAGCGCUCAUCCAAUGCUGUAUGAGCAACAUGCUUCUCGCGGCAACAAUCCACGACACCGAAGAGGCCUCACAGUUGGCGCAGACUCAGAUGCCGACCAGGCGGUCACCAUACAACACGUCAAUAAGAAGACCUUGCAGCCGAUACGAUUACCGCCAUUGAAUUUGCUUCCUCUCAGCACACCGACUGCGUCACGAAUCGCAGCCCUGCCCGGCCCGUCUGCUGAAGUGGACGAUCGUAACAACCGGACCCCUCCGCCGCAACGAAAUGCCGCCAAAACCCCUAGCACCCCCAUGACCGCCUCAAAAGCGACCUUUUUCGGGAGGGCGCUCCAAGAUGACCCGGAUUUCAAUCCAUUCCAUCUACGGAGCAGUAGUUCACAGUAUCACUUGCGACCCGACCCUCCAAGUUACCCUUCGUUGUCACCAACGCUGCCUCUAUCCAUUCCCGGGAACGCCGGAAGCCGACAAAUCACGACACCCUUUGCAUCUGCUUCUCUACCGAAGAAUAGCGGCGAAUUUGCACGUUAUUCCGCCCGACAAAGCGACGAGGAACUGAAGUUCGAUGACAUUCUUGAAGCGGAUGCUGUUGAUUAUGCCCCAGCACAAGGCCCCGUAUCGCAAAUGGCGACGAAGAAAGAUACCCAAUCUGCGCCAUCGGUGAACACGUCCGCGUCAGAGGAGCCUGAAACCCCGUCAUCUGCGACUUCUUUGAGGCGCAAGCUCAGCAUCGGAUGGCGCAGAAGUUCAUCGAAGGCAUCACAUCCGGCUCAGCAAUCGCAGACGGCUGAGGUCGAAGAAGAGAAGCAACCUCGAAAGUCCAAGGAUAUGCCACCACCUCGUAUGCCUGCUUCCGCUACUGUCGGUCGUUCCAGUCAUGCGAGUCCUUCCCCAUCGGUUCGAAGUCGAGGUUCCCUUGAUAUCAGGAGACGCAAACUCUCCAUCUCUAAUUUGGAGAACGUGCAGGGCUCUCAUGACGACAAACCACCACCACAGCGACACGAGCGAAACGUAAUACGAGGCAAUACUCAUCCUCCCCCAUACACGGAGCGAGCCAACGUACCGAGAUCCACUUCAUCGAUUCUCACACCCGUCCACAGGAUACUGGGGUCGAAGAACUCCAUCUCCACAUUGAAAGCAAGGCAUCUUGACACAAAUCUCGACAAAGAUGAUCUUGCUGCCGACAAGGUAAUGGAGAAGCUGGGCUCAAAGCGGCGGGAUUUCGAAUCGGUUUCACGGGAGCUAGAUGACCUGCGAAAACGGGCGCGACCGAAAGAUUCUGUGUUGCCAUCGCACGCGCUGCAGAUGGUCAACCUGAACAUUUUCGAGCGCGGCGAGAUUAUCGACUACAAGGAGGUCUAUUUCUGUGGAACGCAAAACGCGAAGAAACAUGUCGGCGACCUGAAUUCGCAUUCGGCAAACUUCGGAUAUGAUGACGAGCGAGGAGACUAUAACAUCGUUCUUGGCGACCAUCUCUCGUAUCGCUACGAGGUCGUCGAUAUCCUUGGGAAGGGAAGCUUUGGGCAAGUCGUGAGAUGUGUUGAUCAUAAGCUCGGUGUGCUUGUGGCCGUCAAGAUCAUCCGGAACAAGAAGCGGUUCCACCAGCAAGCUCUCGUCGAAGUAAAUAUCUUGCAGAGACUGCGUGAAUGGGACCCCGAAAGCAAGCACAGUAUGAUCAGCUUCACGCAACACUUCUAUUUUCGCGGCCAUCUGUGCAUCUCCACGGAGCUCCUGGGAAUGAACUUGUAUGAGUUCAUCAAAGCAUACGAGUUCAAAGGUUUCCCGCUUGUCCUCAUUCGGAGGUUCGCCAAGCAGAUGCUCAGUUCUUUAACUCUUCUGAAGAGCCGACGAGUUAUUCACUGCGAUCUCAAACCGGAGAAUAUCCUCCUUGCUCAUCCCAUGCAUUCUGAAAUCAAGGUCAUUGAUUUUGGAUCGUCAUGUUUUGAGAACGAGAAGGUUUAUACGUACAUCCAAUCGCGCUUCUAUCGAUCCCCGGAAGUUAUCCUCGGCAUGUCGUACGGCAUACAAAUCGAUAUGUGGUCCCUUGGCUGCAUUCUUGCAGAACUUCUUACCGGAUAUCCAAUUUUCCCCGGAGAGAACGAGCAAGAGCAGCUAGCAUGCAUCAUGGAGAUUUUUGGUCCACCAGAGAAACAUCUCAUCGAAAAGAGCUCGCGCAAGAAGCUCUUCUUCGACUCACUCGGCAAACCCCGUGUCACCGUCUCAAGCAAAGGUCGACGACGGCGCCCAAGCAGCAGGACUCUGCAACACGCCCUCAAAUGCGACGACGACGCGUUCCUUGACUUCAUCGCUCGCUGCCUUCGGUGGGACCCCGAGCGACGCCUUCGACCCGACGACGCGCUGCAUCACGAAUUCAUCACCGGCAUCAAGCGCCCCAUUGCCCACCGCUCACGUACGCAAGUCCACGGUCUCCCCAUGCGCGACCGAGGCCCUAACCACCCCCAUUCCAACAUCUCUUCCUCUUCUUCCAACCCACCAAACUAUCAUCAAGGUGGCAACCUCCGCGCCUCGAAUUCAGACAGUCCCAUCAAACGCUACAAUACCGUCUCUGGUCCCGCCGCACCGAUGCAGACCCCUCGGCAGUCCAGCCGACCGCUUCCUGAGCCACCUGCCACUGCCUUCCGCAACGCCAGCACUGGCAAUGCUCCUCCGCGGGAUAUCAUUGGUAGCAGCCCUGUGAAGAGGAGCGAGCCGUACGGUUCGGCGAGACGGCAUAGUACCGUCAAUGGCGGCGUCCCCGUGCCCAGUGCCAGGCGCGGAGCGAGCGGCGGUGUCCCUGUCCUAGGUCGGUCAAGCGCGACGGCUGCAGUCAGCGGGAUGGGAAGCGCCUUGCCCCGGGCAUCCCAGCGGGCCGGGAGUGGGAAGAUGGGUGGAAGCGGAGGAGGAGGGGGAAAUCCUGCCAGCGCCGCAGCAGCAAGUGCGCAGUGGCAGCGGUGA